UGAAGGUCAGGAGGAAACUAUAAAUGGACUUUGUUUUCAAAAUGAACAUUUGUUGUUAUUUUCAUGAAAACAAGUAAUGACAACACAUGGUGAUGAAAUCUUUGUGUUCCCAGAUGCUUUGCACAGACGUUUAGAACGUGAUCUUCUUCUUUUUCAAGAAUCUUACAGAAAAACAACCACAACAAAUUUUGGAUUUCAUAGCUUUCCAACUCUUGCCCCUGCACUUCCUCCAGGGGCAGAGCUCUGGCUCACAAUAUGUUACAUUUCUCUAUAUGGUAUAUUAUUCCUUAUAAUAUACCUUCAGUUAUGGAUGAUAUGGUACUACAGACAUAAACGUCUGAGUCAUCAGACAGUGUUUUUGUUUCUUUGUUUGCUUUGGACUGGAUUGAGGACCACUUUAUUUUCUUUUUAUUUUAAAGACUGUUUGUUGGCAAAUAAAUUACCUAUUGGACUAUCAUGGUUGCUGUACAGCUUUCCUGUUUGUCUGCAGUAUGUGACAUUAUGUCUUCUAGUUUUGUUUUUUGCACAGGUUGUUUUUAAAGCAAGAGCAAGAUAUGAACCAAGCAGAUACAAAAAACCAUUAAGGAUUGGAGUAUGUCUGUCUGUUGUUAUAUUUCUAGCGACAAACAUUUCCUCUGCAAUACUUGUGAAAAACCAGGCACAAACAAAACAUUCCGUGUCCAUUGAGUACCUGAUAAUACGAGUAUCUAUAAAUGACACCCUAUUCCUGAUAGCUGCUAUAUUGUUGUCUUUCUGUAUUUACAAGAUGAGCAAAAUGUCUGCUUCGAGUGUUGUUUUAGAAGCCAAGGGAACAACUUUAUGCCAAGCUCUUGCUACUAGCAUAAUUACAAUUUUAUUGUUCACAUCACGUGUUGUGUACAACUUUCUUGUGAUUUGUCCACACGUUCAAGAUAAACUACCCUCUUUUGGAUAUGGUUGGGUUAAUGUUUCAGAUCAGGCAGAUAUUCAUGAAUUAGAUAAAGGAUAUGCCUAUGUUUCUUUUGGAAUAGUUUUAUUUGUGUGGGAAUUUCUGCCAACAUUUAUUAUUGUGAUAUUCUUUAGAGUAAGAAAACCUCCGACAUCUACUAUUCAAUCUAUAAGCGAUGCUUCCACAUUUAGCCAAGGUAGUAGGGCUUAUUUCUUUGACAACCCAAGGCGAUAUGACAGUGAU